GGAAUCGUAGUUGACAGCAGUUGACAGCGCCUUGACAUAAAUUUGAAAAGUUGUUUGUUUGUGGUUAUAAUUAAUGGUUUUGUUUAAUAAUAAUAAUUAGUGUUUGUGCUUAUUAUGGAGGAAAACAAUGAAUCAGUGUAUAGUUUGAUUACAAAACUUUGUCAGAAGCUUUGUAUUAAUGGAGAUCAAAUGAAAACAGCCCGGUCACAUUGUUAUGAAGUGCUGUUAGGAAAAAAAUUAUCCAAUGAUCCCAGAAAGUUUGAAGACUUGAAAGGCACCACUGAGCCGACGGUGAAUCUUCUCGCAUGGUGCUAUGAACUCACUCAGUACGAUUUUGGCGAAACUGCUCAAGAACUAAACAAACACGCUCAAAUUCUUAAAGAAUCCUAUGGUUCAGAUGUUCAGAGUUAUAACGGUGUCAUAACAUUCUUGCUCUGUUUGAAAGAUGUCCCUAAGAAAACGAAUGCCAAUGCACUGGACUGGUCUACACUCCCAAAUAUAGAAGCUGAAAUGACAAAAUUCAACAACAUGUUUAAAUUACCUUCAGUUUUACUGGAAAGAAGUACCGAUGCUAUUCAGUCAACGGAGAUAUUUAAAAUGGCAUUUGAACCUCCGAUUAACACGCCAGCUAAAUCACAGGAGAAAUGUGAAUUAGUUUUAAGUGAUUUAUUGAGAGAUGAAGGAUAUUCCUCUCCUAACAAGGAAAGUAUUUGGGAUGAGGUGGUGUCUCAAUUGAGUACACCAAUCAGGUACACAUGGGAAAGUUAUGGAUGUGGACCAGCCGAAGACGAAAAGCCAUUUCUGUCGGAAUUGGGAGAUCUGUGCUCGUUGUGGGUGGAAAAUUUGGAAUCGCUGUAUAUAUGCAAUAAUCAAUUUCCGAGCUAUAGAAUUAUCAAUAAUCAGAUGAAGCCCCGGAAAGUCCUGAUUAGAGAUCUGAAAUUAUUGUUAGUGGGUGUUCCAUCUGAUGUAUUUUUACUAAGCAAUAAAAACGAAUUUUUUAUUGCUUCUGGUAUCAUGGUGGAAGGAAUUACGCCAGAUGCAAUGGAAAGAUAUUGCAGUAGUUUUAUUUUAGCCGGAACUUGUUAUAAAGCUUUAAAUCACAUGUCGGCUCUUAAUCCUACUACCAGAAAACACAAAUAUCCCGGAUAUGUAUUUGCUGAAUUGUGCGAAAGUAUUUGUCGUUACCUUCAGUUUUAUCACACUGCAGUUAUUAGCAUUCACGACAAUAUACAUUUCCUGGAUUUUCAUGAGAAAACUCGACAAAUUCAGGCACAGGUAACGACGCUGGCCACGAUUUGUAAAGUCGGGCCUUCUGCAUCUGAAACUGAACAGACUCAACAUGGGGUUGUUUUACUGAAUUAUUUGUAUCAGAAAGUACUGGGGUUGAGUGAUAAAAAUCUUUGCAAUGUACUAUACUCGAUUCUUUACCCUUGCUGUCAGAUAUACUUUAGCCGAUUUUUACACCAAUGGUUGAUCAAAGGAACUUUUAAUGAUCCGCAUGGGGAAUUUUUCGUAAAUCCUACACGAAAAUAUUUAACUACUCGAUGUAGAACUUAUUGGACGCGAAGCUAUGAAAUCAAAGAGGAUAUUGUUCCUGAUUUCUUAGUUAAUUUAAAGGAUCAAAUAUUAGUUUGUGGCCGACUUAUAAAUUUAUUACAGUUAUGCAAUCCAGGAAAUAAUUUAUGUGCAUGCCUAAUUGGAAAAAAUCCAUUAGUGCUAACUUGUUGCAUAACACGCGACAAGUUAACUCAGUUAGAACAAAGUGCCUCAAAAUAUUAUUUAGAAGCUUCCAUGCAGUGUGGAAGUAAAUUUAGUUUCACUCGGUAUUUAGAGAGGUCUCGAGAAUCCGAUAUUACCUAUCUGCAAUUAAUAGCGAAAAAACGAGCUGUUACAUUAAGAAGGCUCGAAUUGGAACGUCAGAAAAGCAUUCAAGAACAACACGAAAUGAAAUUGGAAGAGCUACUAAUACUAAAAGAGCAAUACGAGUGUGCUGUUGAACAGAAACAGUUAAAUAUUUAUAAAGAUAUCGAACGGAAUAUCAGGGACAUCGAGGAGGACAUGAAAAUAGAUGAAAUGAGGGAACAAAUGUUAAAGGAAGAAGCCGUUGAAAUGAUAGAUUACUAUACUAAACUCGGUCAACUGGCCGAUAUGCGCAAGCAGAAAAUUUAUAAUCACAUCAGAGGCAAUAGUCAUAUACAAAUAGACGAUGCAUUAACAUUAAGGAAAAAUAAUUCAAGCUCGAAACAGAGUGUCGCAGAGGAAAAAGCGAAGAGCUCAUCUGAAAGUUUUUAUUCGGCACCCGAUGAGUAUCAACCUAUUUCAUCAACAGAUGAAGAAAUUCCACUAUCCAAAAAAGACCAAGUGUCUUCUAUGCAUAGUUCAGAAUCCAUGGAUUUACUCAACGCUAACACGGAACAGUCCACAGGAUCUAACGGCAACACAAUUACCAAAGUGAUUCCUGAUACCGUUCAUCUAUCUGAUGAAAUUCAGCAAGCGGUAGAUAAUUUUGAAACUGCCCGCAAAAUUAAACAAAAAGUUUUGAACCAAGAAUUGGGAAUUACGAACAUUCUUGAUGAACGGCUGACAAUAAGUAGGGAAAAACCUGCUUUCACCAACCUCACGGACGCCCAGCGAAAUAAACUAAAAGUUCUAUCCUCUGAGUUUGGAAUCAACGUUUUUAAAGAGACCGUUAGUACGGAUAGAGUUUUGACCACGGCUCAAGUCAAUAAAAAUAAAGUCAUGGGACACAAUCAGUGCUUUGUUCCGUGUUAUGGAACAAAGCCUCUGGAUAAUGAUAAUUAUGUCAAUAGGAAUAUGCGGAGUGCUGUAACGAAUAACGAAGGAAAAGUGUCUGGAUCGCUGAAAAAAUCGACAUCGCUUCACCUGGAUUUUGAUAAAAUAAUUACUAAAUGCGACACCCAGAAAGCAUUACCGAUGUCUGUAGAUUCUACUCCAAUGAGCGACAUUGCUCAAACAGCUUCACCACUAAGCGAUUUUCCUAGAAGUGCAACCUUUAGCAGUAUAGCUUUUAGUACAGAUACAAAAUUGGAUAGUAUCACAACUAAUGGAGACACUCUACUAACUCAAACGGAAGGGUUUGGAAGCGUUUCCACUUCCUCGAGAAACAGCUUCACAUCAUUGUAUUAUGAGAAGCCGCAAGUAGUUCAACCUGCGUUUACGUUCUCUAAGAAAGUUACACUCGAAGAAGCUAACAACAGUUCAAAAAUGGACCUGACAGUGUUUUUGCACGAAAGCCUUUCAAUUCCAUUGAUGGCACAAUUGAAUCUGGCAAAUAAUGAAAUUUUGAAAUACUUUGUUGAGGAGUUGAGAUUUUUGGACCAUUUGGAGAGUCUGCGAGAUUACUUCUUCUUGCAAGAUGGAGAGUUUGGCAGAAGUAUUACGGAAAACUUGUUCGAAAAAUUGUAUAGUGCAAAUUUUCCUUUGGAACUGAUUAAUGGAAAAACCUUACAGCAUUUAGUUUUUGGUGCCCUGGAUAAUUCAAAUAAAUAUCAACAGCACGCUCAUCAUUUAUCGUUUAAGAUCAAUAGCUUACCAAAGUGUUUUGAUUUAAACGAUCCAGAUGUUUUGGACUGUUUAUCUCUGACUUACAAAGUGAAAUGGCCUUUAAAUAUUUUGCUUCCAUCUGACGUUGUAAACAGAUAUGACCGAGUAUUUAAAUUCCUUUUGAAGGUAAAUCGAGUUUCUUGGGUCAUGAAGAAAUUAUUUAUGGAACUGAAAAUAUUAGCCAAAGAAACAGGUGAAAAGGAAAUAUACUUAAUGUCGUCUGCUCAAUAUAGACGUUUGCACCAGUGUAGGCAUAUAAUGUCCCAUUUUGUACAAACUUUGCAAAACUAUAUUGUUGGAGAUGUCUUGCAGCCCAGUUGGUCGGUGUUUGAGAAUAAUCUGGCAAAUGUUUCCAGUUUGGAUGAACUCUAUGAGGCUCACAAUGUGUAUAUUAAGGAUAUAAUUUUCAGGUGUAUGCUUCACCAAAAGUCUGUUGCUUUGAGAAACAUGGUGCAUAAAAUAUUCGUGGUGAUUCUAAAAUUCUAUUACUAUCUCAAGUCCCGUCGAUGGAAGUGCGAAAAUGGAUCGUACGUACACCCCAACUUCCAUAAGUUGGAGAAAAUAUUUGAAAACUUUGAGGAUUUUAUGGUUUACUUCUUUAAAGUGGUGAAAAAGGUCGCAAAAAGUGGAUAUCAGCCAUACUUAGCGCAGUUUUUGCACGUACUUGAUGUUAACGAUUAUUAUUCCAAAAAACUGUUGCAAACUGCUGUUUGAAUUUACUUUAAUGUGGAUAUAGCUGAAUUUUUCCAACCGUCAAAGCGAUGUUAAAUCUUAUGGCACAAUGCACUUUCUGUGUUUGUCAGCAAACUAAUAUCGAAGCAAACUAAUCCAUAUUUUACACAUAUCAAUGUUGCUCUUUAAUUCACAGUUCGCUUUCGGCUAAAGAACUCGUUAUUUAUACAUGGUUAGUGAUUACAGUUAAUAUUUUAACAUUAUUUUCGUUGCAUCGGAAAAGCUAUUGUGGUACGUCAGUUCAUUAAAAGCUAAUUUAUUUGUU